UAAUAUCAAAAUUUUCAAAUUUUGGAAAGAUAAAAAGAUGAAAUCCAUUUUACAGUGAAUCUCUCCUCCGUAUAUUCGGAUAUAUUUUACAUUGACGAAUUACGAAAUCUAAAAGGGAAGUAGGCGGCACGGUCAUGGUUGCGUAACCAACCAAACCAAAGGACUUUUAUUUUUUAAAAACAGGUCAAGUUUUAGUGGCGUCACCUUCUUCAGCUCCUCCAAAAGCAGAGGAAAAAUUCCACCACCAGAAAUGGUUCCUCCCUCCUCCUCUAUGGAUCCUUCUCCUCCUCCUUCCUGGUUCACUCCCAAACGGUUGUUGAUUAUAUUUUGUGUGAUUAACAUGAUAAAUUAUGUGGAUCGAGGAGCCAUAGCGAGUAAUGGUGUAAAUGGGAGUAGUGAGACUUGUGAUGACAAGGGAAUUUGCAAAUCCGGUAGUGGAAUUCAGGGAGAAUUUGACUUGACUAACUUUCAAGAUGGUCUCUUAUCGUCUGCAUUCAUGGUUGGGCUUCUCGUGGCAUCUCCAAUAUUUGCUUCCUUAGCAAAGAGCUACAACCCUUUUAGGCUUAUUGGAGUUGGAUUAUCUGUUUGGACCUUGUCUGUAGCUGGAUGUGCUAGUGCAUUUUCCUUUUGGUUUAUUGCGAUAUGCCGAAUGUUGGUUGGUGUUGGAGAAGCUUCUUUCAUAAGUCUUGCAGCUCCAUUUAUUGAUGACAAUGCUCCUGUUUCUCAGAAAACAGCUUGGCUUGCGAUGUUUUAUAUGUGCAUACCUACUGGAAUUGCUCUUGGAUAUGUUUAUGGUGGAUAUGUUGGGGGCCAUUUCCACUGGCGCUAUGCAUUCUGGGGAGAGGCAUUGUUGAUGCUUCCAUUCGCUGUUUUUGGCUUUUUGGUUAAACCUUUGCAGUUGAAAGGUUUUUCUCCUGUUGAAUCCAAAAGAGCAUUGGCAUCUGUGGAGACAGUUUCUUCUGUAACUGAUGUUGCAGAUUCAAAGGCAUCAAAACUAGAUGGUCGUAUGUUGGUUGGAGGUGAUGGUAUCAUUGGUGACGAAUUGAGUAAAACUUCCAAGUCGGAAAGCAUACACAACAUUUUGAAUCAGCUCUCUCGGUUUGCAAAAGACAUGAAAGUGCUUUUGGUGGACAAAGUUUAUGUCGUAAAUGUUUUUGGUUACAUUGCAUACAACUUUGUCAUUGGAGCAUACUCUUAUUGGGGGCCAAAGGCUGGUUAUAAUAUUUAUCAUAUGAAGAGUGCAGAUAUGUUGUUUGGAGGGGUUACAAUUGUAUGUGGGAUUUUAGGAACAAUAUCUGGUGGCUUCAUCCUAGAUCGCAUGGGUGCUACAAUAUCUAAUGCUUUUAUUCUUCUUUCAGGUGCAACAUUUCUGGGUGCAAUAUCUUGCUUCUCUGCUUUCUGUCUCAGGAGCUUGUAUGGUUUUAUAGUUCUUUUUGCUGUGGGUGAAUUACUUGUUUUUGCAACUCAGGCUCCAGUCAAUUAUGUAUGUCUCCAUUGUGUAAGACCGAGUUUGAGACCAUUAUCUAUGGCAAUCUCUACUGUAUCAAUUCACAUAUUUGGCGAUGUACCUUCCUCACCACUUGUUGGGAUUCUCCAGGAUCAUAUUAACAAUUGGAGGGACACUGCACUUAUUUUGACCUCUAUUCUCUUUCUUGCUGCUGGAAUAUGGUUUAUAGGUGUUUUCCUACAUGCUGUCGACAAGUCUAAUGAUGGAAGUCAACCAGUCUCUACACCCAGAAUAACUAGUAGGAAGCCAUUGCUUGACGGAAACGUGGAUGAAAGUUUGUGUGAAGUGUAAUUGCAGAGGUGCAUGCUAGUAACAUUUGCUCAUCCCAAAUGUAAAUAAAAUCAGUAGUUGAAACAAAAAGACAGAAAUUUGGUGGCAUUCUUUGGUCAUUUGUUUCAGUCGACAUCUACACCAGAAAUGAUGAGAUUUCUUGUAAAGAAUCACGUAAUGAUAAGUUUGCAACUUAAAUCAGUCUCCAAGAAGUAAGGGGGAGAAAGGGAAUAUAUGAUACCAAUGGUAUUUUGCUGUUGAAUUUGAUAAAGGUACUCCGUUUACAACGCUACUUCUUUUUGUUUUUCUUUAUCAACUAAUCUCAUACUUAUGUAUCAUUGAUAGAUGUUAUGUAUCAUGGGUACAUGUUAA